AUGGCACUGGGCAGCGACAAGUUCCAAUCUCUAGAGGUGGCAACUCCACUGCUUCCUAUCAAAAGCGUUCAAGCGUUUGCUUUCGAUGUUGGCUCCACUAGGGUUGCCUUGGCGAAGCAUGCAGCAGGUACCGCUGGAGCCAUUGCAGAUACGUGGCUGGAAUAUGCGAAGAAGGGCUACACGAACAUGUAUGGAUUUAUCGAAAAAGCCGACAUUGCCGCUCUGUACUUUUGCACCAUUAUAGAGAUCUGA